UUACACAGAACUAAUGGUUCUCUACAAAUAAAUUAAUAUACAGCCCAUUAUGAUAAUGCUGUAAAUAAAAAUGUGAAAGGAAAGAAGCUUUUAAUAAUAAACAUCUGUAAUGUGCAACCCAUCCUGUAGGAUUCACUUUCCAUGAUCUGUGAGCGACAAACGAGCAUCUUGGCGGCAGGGAUUGAAAUAUUUAACAAAGUCUGGCAGAUUUUGUAAAGGUCCAAUUUUAUCCCAAAAAUAAAUUUCUGAUCAUUUUUUGGUGCAUCGAUGUUGCGCAUCUUAGAGUGCACAGACAAUGUAGCCGAUUUAUUCCGAUUUGCCGACACGUGAAACGUAAAUCUUGUCUGCAGUGUGGCCUUUCUGCAGUUAUUUGUUUUGUUUUUGAUUAAUCCAUUUAUAUAUUUUCUUCCAUAUCUUUGAGUGAUGUUCUCGGUUUAACAAUGUUUAUCCACAGCACCUUUCAUUUCAGAUUCAGACGCAGAUUUGGGGUUGUUUAUUAGAAAAUUGUUUGUGUGUAAAAAAAAAUUUAAGUUGUCUUGCCCAAUUGUUGACUACCAUGUGUCGACCCCCCCACCACCACACACUUUAUUUGAUUAUCUGUCGACUUGGGAAAAACCUAAGAAAUCCUUAGUCCGUUAGUUUGUUAAAAGUGCAAAAAAAACCUGUGUAUAUGCAAUGUAAUUGAGUAUGGCGUAGAUCUCUUCCUGUGGCCAGUUGAUAAACGCCUCAGUCCUGUCCACAGCAGAGCCACAACAGUCAAAUUAAAAGUCCAAAAAAAGGAAGUACGAGUUCUGCAUUUAUUUUUAUUUUUCAAGAAAUACCUAACGCCGUCGAUACAAAGGACAUGGCUACAAUCUUUUCAGACUCUGAAUAAAAAAAGAAAAACUGGAGAACAGGGUCUUCUGGGUCGAUCUAAAAUCUUUUGGAUAUCUUGGAUAUCUCAGGAAUUAUUUCAAUAGCUGGUGGUGGAAAAAGACCUGACAGCGAAGCGGCUUUACUCGGACAAGGCAAGAUCAAACAUGCAUCUUUUCUCUGUUGCUGUUUUCACAGAUCUCGUGGCAUGCGUGCUAUGUUGGGUAUCUGAUAAAUGUUUUAUUUAUGAAGGCUAUUUGAACGAUAUCAUAGUCGGGUUCUGUCCAAAAAGCAACCUAACGGCGUACUGUAAAGAUGUGUCCAACGUGGGAAUGGACCUUGCCAGCGUUCCUCCUCAAAUUGAAUUCCUCUGUCUGGAACUUGCAGAGAAUUCGACUCUGCACCCAUACUCUUUCUCAAGGUUUCAGAAGCUCAAGCAAUUACAAAUCACGGGGUACAACUUUGCUUUGCUCCCAGGGACAUUUAGAAAUCUUUGGAGUCUGCAAACUCUGGAACUCUACUGCUUAUACUUUUUUAGUUUCUUUAUUUCCACCGAGACUGUAAGUGACCUUCAGAACAUCACGACUUUCAGGUUCUUUUCCUGCGGGCUCUUGUCCCUGGAAAUAGACGCAUUAAAGGAUUUCACAAAGUUGGAGAGACUCCAGUUUGACGAGAGCACCGAGGACUUGUCCGAUUUGUUGUGCAGAUUGACAUUCAUGUCUUCAUCAUUAACCAGUUUAAUGUACAGUGCCACUUCAGUUAUUAUCAGGAAGCCAAAUUGCACAUUUCCUAAUGGCACUACUUUUAAUGUCAAAGAAUUACAUGGAAUUCAGCAGGUCGAUCUUUAUCUCGGAAAUGUCACGAUAGUGGAUAAAACAGGGAUAAAAUACUUCAGGAAUAUUUCCAAUUUAUUAAUACACUUUAGGGAUUUGGAAAAUGUGAAGUCUGAAUUAAAAAAAGUGAAUUGGUUGAUUGUACAACUGUUCAAAGAGAGGGUAAACAGUACCGAAAAAAUCUGCGAAACUGCACGCGAACUUUCGUCGACUAAACUGAGCAUACAAUUAUUAAAUAUAGACGACUCAAGUGCACUUGUAUUAGAUAAAUGUGUGCAGCUUGAAUACUUUGAUCUAUCUUCAGAUUAUUAUCAAAGUAAAAUUAAUAUAACAUUCAUCAACGUGCUGAGGAACCUGAUAUCGCUAAGGGUAGAGUGGUUAGUUACCCCAGAGAGUAGGAACAGAGAUGACAGGGCUUUGGCGCUGUGUGAAAAUCAGAGCGAUCUUGACACAAAACUCAAAAAACUAUAUCUAAGUACAAACUAUUUUAGGACUCUCAGCAGCAGGCAUUUUAGUUGCUUAAGAGUUCUUGAGGAGCUGAAAUGGAUGCAUAGUUCCAUUGAACACAUCGAGGAUUUUUCAUUCGCCAAUACAAGUUUGCUUAAAUCUUUGGACCUGAGUUUUAAUCAAAUCUCUCAUCUGACGAAAUAUACCUUCUUUGGCUUAUGGAACUUACAAACUCUGCAAAUGAAUGACAAUAAGUUGAUUGUCGUUGAGGCGACGAGUUUACUUUAUUUGACGUCUGUAGAAUUCGUGAGUUUGGGAAACUUUCAGUAUACUUCCUCUGAAUGUUUGACGAUCCAGGUCAACCUCAGCAUUCCUGACAAUUUGACUCAGCUGAAUAUCAGCUCUGGAAUAAAACCCAUGAGCCUUACUUUAAGCAACAGCAGGGAAUCGGAAGUAGGCCUCAGCCUCUACGUUUGGGGCCAGGCUAUAACUUUGCAGGACUGUAACAAUACGUUUUUCAAAUCUAUUGUCCAGUUGACUGCUGAGACGGAGCAGUUGCUCUGCGGUCAAUCUUUUCCUGCUCGCUUCCUCAAGUCGCUGAGGCAUUUUACGAUCAAAGCCAAUCGCAAGACAGCCCAAAUAGACUUGACGGAUUUGAACCAACUGGUCCACCUGAAGAGUCUGAUACUUUUUAAUGUUGAUUUGUCUUAUCAGUCUGGUCUCAGUGGGAUUUUUCACAACCUCUCCAAUCUGGAGUACUUGCAUAUGUCCUAUUGUUCUGUACCUUUGCUGGAGAAAGACUUGACCAAAGACCUGCAGUCAGUGAAAGUGCUGUUUUUUCACAACGAUUAUGCCUUCAGCAUUAUGGAGAACUUUGUAGAGCCGCUGAAAAGCCUUCGCUAUCUUAUCAUUCAACAUCCACUUCUACACUGUAGCUGUGACAAUGCUUGGAUCAUCAGUUGGGCAAAGUAUGAACAGAGUGUUGAGGUGUGGUUUCCCAGGAGCUCAUCCAAAAUGCUGCCCUGUAAAAAUGUUGAUGAAACCCAGCUCCUGCGUGAGUAUGCUAAGGAUCACUGUUUUGUCGAUGUAGGCUUCCUCCUUUUUGCCUCCACUUCUCUUGGACUGGUAUUUUUCAUGCUGGUAGUGCUGUUCCACCAGCUGGCUGGAGAUUACCUAAUGGCUUUUUUUCACAUUGCUCGUGCCUGGGUCGAGGAGGCUAUGAGGGCAAAUAAAAAGGGACAAUACCACUUUGAUGUUUUUGUAUCCUACUGUGGGAAAGACGAGCACUGGGUGAUGGAUGAACUUCUGCCCAACUUGGAGAAACGUGGGCCCCCUUUUCUUAAGCUUUGCCUGCACAGCAGGGACUUUGAACUUGGUAAAGACGUUGUGGAGAACAUCACCAACAGCAUCUACAGGAGCCGGCACACCCUCUGCUUGGUUAGCCGCAACUACCUCCGGAGCAAAUGGUGCUCUUUGGAGAUGCGUUUAGCAACGUACAGAUUGCUGGCUGAACACAGGGACGUGCUUGUUAUAGUCUUCCUGGAGACGGUUCCUCAUCAACUCUUAAAUGUACAUCAUAGACUAUCGCGACUGGUGAAGACACGGACCUACAUAGACUGGCCGCAAGUCCCAGCUCUGCGUAAUGCCUUCUGGGACAGACUAUGGGCAAAACUUGCACCUCAGCCUGCAACGUAGAUUCAAAAGUAUUAAUGUAUUUCAAUCAAAAGAAGAAAUUUUUCCUCCAAAUAAUCUGUUCCUCAGCAUUAAUUGUGUUAGCUUGCGAUGUGGGUUUAAAAACAGCACGUGGAUAUUUACACACAUUUGUAACAUAUUUUCAGAAAAUGUAUGUUCUUCUUUUUGAACAUCCCAUUCCACAAUGAGUCCACAUUUGCUCUUAUAAUAACCUCCACUCUCCUGGGAAGGUGUUCCACCAGAUUUUGUAGAGAAUUGGGCUCCUUCAGCCACAGUGGUGUUAAAAAAUUCAGGUAAUGAUGUAGGUCAGGUGAGGAUGCCUGAGGUGCAGUCAUCGUUCACAUUUAUCCAAAUAGAGUUCAAUAGGGUUUAGAGCUCUAUAGCAGGAGAACUUCCACUCUUCAUGGAGCUGGCAUGCUGGAACACGUGUCCCAAUAUAUUGAUUCCAUGUAGUGCAUUUGCUUUAAACUUUACGAGAAAAGAGAAAACAGGACACAUGCUUGCUUUUUUUAUUUUCAUUACCACAAAGUAUGGAGGAAUCUGUUUGUAGGUUGUCCAUCAUCUUAUAAGUGAACAGAACAUACAAACCAUGCACAGUUCAACCAGGAACAUGAAGAAGUCUAAGAAGGUGAAAGUGAAAUGUUUGUUUAGAUAUUUUCACGUGGUUGAAUUCAUGCAGUUUUGUGUCAAAUUGAAGAGCUUUAGAGUUAGCAGCUAUCAUUGAGAACACUUUUUAUACCAGAUUUUUCAUUUGUUAUUGUUGUUUUUUGCCAGUUCUUAUGAGCAUAGUAUUUCUGUAAUGAAUGUAAGCAUAUUUACAUUUGCUUGAUGUGCAUGACACUUAUUAUGGUAUAUGAUUUGUAAAAAAAAAAAAAAAAAAAAAACGUUUUGGAGUGUUUAGUGUUUAGAUGAAUUAUUUUGGCAAAUUGAAGUUGUAUCGUAUAUAAAAUUGUAUAAUAUGAAUGAGUUGGUGGCAUUGAUAAUGAUGAUGAUGAUGAUGAUGAUGAUUAUAUUUGAUGAUUUCACGUAAUACAUUCUACAAUAAUCCACAUAAUAAAGACUUACUAAUCUCACUCUUUAUCCUCUCACUGCCUUAAACAUAAACUUUUGUUCAACAAAUAGUUUUCCAGAACUUGGUUUCAGACAUAGAUACUGAAAGCUCCUUAUUCUUCAUGUUGCUUCUAUUAUUUAGGGUUUUUAACAAAACUGAGGUUUGUCCAAAACCAGGUGUAUUUAUGCUUUAUGGAAAACCCAUGCCAGGUAGACUAAAGAACCUCAUUUUAUAGUCAAUUAAAAAAAGCUAUAUGUAAUCUAACUGUGACUGGGCUUCUUUUAUCCAAAAGAUGGCGUUCUCAUGGCUUUCUCUCUUUGUUAUAAUGGAUUUUUUUUCCUGUAUGAAGUAAAGGGGCUUAUUGCUUGCCACACGUACUUUACAGCACAGUGACAUUUUUCUUUACAUAUCCCACCAAUGUUAAGAAGCUGGGGUCAGAACACAAGGUCACCCAUGAUACAAAGUGGCAGCUUGGUGAUAUCAGGGCUUGCACCCAUGACCUUCCGAUCAGUAACCCAGAGCCUUAACCAUAGACUACCACUUCCCUCAACCAUAGAGCAGAUAUGGUUAAGUACCUUGCUCAAAGGCCCAACAGUGGUGGCGUUGUGGCUUAAACCGCCGACCAUAGGGUGAGUAACCCAGAGCCUUAACCACUGAACCACAACUGCCCUAAGGCCAUGCUUACCCAGAAGCCCACAACCUCCCAACACCUACAUCUCAGUGUUGUUCUUAGUUUUUCACUUUCAUAGGCCGGUCCAAU